AUGUUCACUGACGAUGACUUCACAGUGGGAGGCUAUCGACAAGGGCGGGUGCCCUGGAUGCACCCUUCGUUGUACCCUGUCGAGAAGACCUUGUUCUCAGGUGCGGAUACUUCACCCGAUGCACCACUGCUGGUGGAUGUCGCCGGUGGCCUUGGCCAUGACAUUGAUGAGUUCAAGAAGAUGUACCCGAAUCAUCCAGGCAAACUCAUCCUCCAGGAUCUUCCAGUAGUCAUCAACGACGUCAAAGGCAUUGACACCAGCAUCGAGCUGAUGGGCCACGACUUCUUGACCGAGCAGCCAAUCAAAGGCGCAAAGGCCUACUUCAUGCACUCAAUCAUGCACGACUGGCCAGAUGACGUUUGCAAGAAGAUUUUGGCUCCCCUGGCAGAGGCGAUGAAGCCCGGAUACAGCAAGCUGUUGAUCUUUGAGGUGGUAAUUCCGCGUACGGGUGCUUACUGGGAGGCCACAGCCGGCGAUAUUCUGAUGAUGACCCAGCUCUCGGCGUUGGAACGCACCGAAGACCACUGGCACCAGCUGAUUGAGGAGAGCGGGUUGAAUUUGAGAAUCGUCAACUUCUGGAAGUGCGGCCAGUCGGAUGUCGAGAAUCUCAUCGAGUGUGAGUUGGUGGCUUAG